AUGAACGAUAAUACACCGUCAACACAACCACGUCUUCCAACUCUUUCGGAUCUUCCUUCACCUCUUGUCGGGACUAUAGUAGCACAUGAUACUUCGGUCUCCAAUUGUCUUAUUUUACUCCAUGGACUUGGUGAUUCUCAUCUCCCAUUUGCACAGCUAGCUCGUUGCCUUAACCUCCCACAAACCGUCUGUAUUAGUCUCCGUGGCUUAAAACCCGUCCCCCUAGUAUCCGACUUAUCCGACGAUGGCUCUGGAUCUUGGCACUGGGGUGCUGACUUAGCCUUUGACCAGGAUGGCCUUGUUUCAGACGAUGCCGAUCUACACGAUGCCAUUCAGGCACUCCAGGUACUCUGCAGGGUACUCACUGCUCCCCUUCCUACUGGCUGUGGCUUCCGUUCUCAAGCCAUCUUUCUCAUGGGCUUUGGCCAGGGCGGCCGCCUUGCUUUGCUUCUUGCUCUUGCACAGGGCACUCUUCCUUCCAUUUCCCCUACUUCUAUACAUCCAAACUCUACUCAGCCCUCUUACACCUCCCGUCUUGGUGGCGUCUUAUCUAUUGGCGGCAUUAUCGAACACAUCCCCCCUUCCAGCCAAAAUACCCCUUCUUUUACACCAAAUCUCCAUCAUUCACACUCAGACAGCUCCUCUAGCGGCCUUUUUACUCCUCUAUCAACCCUUCCACCUCAACAAUCAUCUCCCCGUAUACCCACACCUAUACUUAUUUGUGGCGGCGAUGACGACUCUUCUAUCACCCCUGACGCAAUACAAACACUUAGGGGCAUAUUCUACGACGUGGAACAGAUCAUAUGGGACGAUCAUUACGCUGAUACAAUGCCUCAUUCUCCUCGUGAAUGGUAUCCACUUCUUCAGUGGUUUUCACGACGUCUCCUUCACACUUAG